AUGGGUUUCGCCCCUAGAGGACGUGGUGGUGGUGGUGACCGCGGGGGUCGUGGAGGCGGCUUCCGUGGAGGCGGUGAUCGCGGCCGCGGUGGUGGCAGAGGAGGUGGUGGCUUCCGAGGUGGUCGUGGUGGUGCUGGUGACCGUGGCGGUCGUGGAGGCCGUGGCCGCGGUGCUCCACGUGGUGGUGCUCGGGGUGGCCGCGGCGGUGCAGCUGGCGGUCCCAAGGGCGGAAAGAAGAUGAUUGUGGAACCCCACAGGCACAAGGGUGUCUUUGUCGUUCGCGGCGGCAAGGAAGAUCUGCUGGCAACCGCCAACCUCACCCCCGGCGAGUCCGUCUACAACGAGAAGCGUGUUGCGAUUGAGAACGCCAAGAGCGAGGAUGGUACGGCAACCAAGACCGAAUACCGUGUCUGGAACCCUUUCCGAUCGAAGCUGGCUGCCGGUAUCCUGGGUGGUCUCGAGUCCAUCUACAUCAAGCCUGGCUCCAAGGCCUUGUACCUCGGUGCCGCCUCUGGAACUUCCGUCUCCCACGUUGCCGACAUCGUUGGACCUACUGGAACUGUCUACGCCGUUGAGUUCUCUCACCGUUCUGGCCGUGACCUGAUCAACAUGGCUACCCGCCGCACAAACGUCGUCCCCAUUGUCGAGGAUGCUCGUCAACCCCUGAAGUACCGGAUGCUCGUCGACAUGGUCGACUUCAUCUUUGCCGAUGUUGCUCAACCUGACCAAGCCCGUAUCGUCGCCUUGAACGCUAAGCUCUUCCUGAAGCAAGGUGGCGGCAUGCUCAUCUCCAUCAAGGCAAACUGCAUCGACUCUACCGCACCACCGGAGCAAGUUUUCGCCCAGGAGGUUGAGAAGCUGAGGCAGGAGAAGUUCUUCCCCAAGGAACAGCUCACUCUGGAACCCUACGAAAGAGAUCACGCCAUGGUUUCGGCAGUCUACAGGCAGAAGGAGUUUGUGCCCGUCUCAUCGCUCGAUGUUGAUAUGUGCUCCAACAACUCGACGCUGCGGCCUCAAAAUCUUGUCCAGCCGUGA